AGAUCUAGAAUCUAAAUCAAUUGUUAAGAGUUAUCUCCCCAAAGCCUAUAGAUCUAGAUUUUAUCUAGAAAUAGUAAAGAGGUCUUGAUCUAGAAUCUAGUCAAGAAUAUUAAUAUUAUUAUAGAUCUAGAUUUAUCUAGAUCUAGAUAAUAGAUUAGAUCUAGAGUACUGUCUCUGAAUUCUGAAUUUCUUAAAAGUGAAUUUACUGGUAUAUUUAUAACUGUUAAGAACCUAAAAAAUGAAAGUGAAACAAAAACCAGAGCUUGUAUUCUUUGGGUCAAAGGUCUUCUUCCAUCUGUAGGAAGACUACAUGCUUCUUAGUACAUAGUGCAUGCCUGGUAAUCAAGGUAUCUAAUUGAGAUUUGAGCAACAAGUAAAGCUUGACCUGAUGCUUGCCUGGACUAGUUUCAAAGCAAAACAUGAGUGAUUGGCAUAAUAUUUGUAGAAACCAUUACAACUAAUAUUUGCGCAUUAUUAGCCAUAACAAUGUCUUCAAAUGACAAUGCGGCCAUACAAAAACCUCAGUCAAUUAUUGUCUCAAAAAUCUAUAAGUGCAUUGACAUUGUCCAAAAUUAUUUUGUUGAGAUAGCAUUAUUUUUUUUCUUUCUUUCUCGGCAUAUGUCUCUGCCAUUGUUUCAAGAGUAUGUGGAGUCUCAAAUAUACAGUCAACAUGGAGUUCCCUUUCCAGGUUUUGGUGACUUGAAAGAAAACACUAGUCUUUCAGAUCCUGCUUGGGACCAAGCCCACCAUGAGAGUGUUCUAGUGGUUCUUGGGCUGCAAAUUGCUGAAGGCCUGCCAGCUAUUGUCUCUGUUAUCAUUCUUGGUGCUGUCAGCGAUAAAACUGGAAGACACAAAAUCCUGCUCUGGUUACCUGCACUAGGAAGCUGCCUGCAUUCUUUAAUUUAUAUCAUGAUUCUCUACACUCAGUGGAAUAUAGAUGGACUCUUCCUUGCGGCAGCCUUGAGGGGUCUUAGUGGGAGCAUGACAGCCUUCUUGGCCGGCUCGUCCUUCUAUGCUAUCAAUUAUGUCAAACCAGAAAAUAGACUCAAUCGCCUAGCAGUUCAAGAGUUUUUAAUUGGCGGUGCUUAUGCAGUUGGUAAUGUUAUGGUUGGCUUUUGGGUUAAAGAUGCAGGGUUUCGCAAGCCAUUUUUGUUUACUUUAAUUUGUGGGAUGAUUUCAUUAUUGAUUUCUUUUUUUUUGGUGCAAGAAACUGUUUCGGGCCAGGCAAAUCAAGCAAGUCCUGCAGUCCGUAGACAGAGGCCCAGCAAUUGCUGCAGUGACACAUUUGGCCCACUUCUAAAAUAUUUAAAAUGUUUUGGGAAUUCCACCCUUGCAAAAAUUUGGCUGGCGAUUCUGGUGUUUCAAGCAUAUGCGUUUGUUCACAUUGGGCAAAUUAAUACAUUAGUGCUGUAUUUGAGCCAGCAAAAAUACCUUUUUGCUAUGGAAAAUCCAAUAACUGGUGGAGGUCCCUGGGCAAAAAUAGGCUUGUUUCUUGCUGUUAUUAUGGCAGUUGCAGCUCUUGCAACUGGUGUCUGUGUUCCAAUUUUCCAGAAAUUUCUUUCUGACACCAAAAUUGUGUUCCUAGGAUUUGCUUCCAAGGCAUUGGGAACUCUGUGGAUUGCAGUAAUACAUAAUGAAACAAUUUUGUACUUUGCCAUUCUUCUUUUAGCCUUUGAACUAUUUCCAUUUCCAAUUCUGCGUGCUAAAGUUGCCAGGAAUGUUAGCCCUUCAGAACAAGGAACAGUGUUUGCCAUGAUGCAUUGUGGAGAAAGUAUCACCUAUUUCCUGGCACCUUUCAUGUUUUCCGUCAUCUAUGCAUCUACUAUGUCCUUCUACAGUGGAUUUGUUUUUAUUGUAUCUAUGCUGUUUUUGACAAUACCAGUAAUACUUCUACUUGUACUCCUGUUUGUGGAAGCUAGGUGUCCCAAUGGCUACCAACCAAUGGAAGGAUUGAGUGAUCCAAUGGGUGCAGCAGGAGAUCAAGCAGAGGCCCAGUCACAGACCAUGCUUACAGGUGAUCCCAUUAGCUUUAUCCAUCUAUCUAAUGGAUCAAAUGAUGAGACUGGUAAUGCAGAGCAAUUAUAAUUUUGCUAGCAGUGUUCUGAGCUUGUAUCCCAGUAAUACAUCAUCUUCAACAAUACUGGCAUUUUAUCUACAAAUUCAAAUCUUCUACUUAUUGUUUAGAAUAGUAUUUCUAAGGGUUUUCUUUUCAACGCAAAAGCAUUUUAGGUAUACUUAAUAAUCGUACAACAUUUAAAAAGCAAUGUUUUCUUUCCAGUAAAGCAAUCACUGUAUAACAUUUUUGUAUACUUUUCUUCAACUGUGUCAUAGUGGGUUUUGUAUACCUUUCAUAACAGCAAUAUGAUUUAAGAACUAGUGGUAUCAAGCACACCUUCAAGUGCUGUGAGGAUUUUGUGAAGUGUAGAUAGGCUGGGCAUUUUGACAAAUGUUUGAAUCUUAUGCAUUGCAUUAUUGAUAAUCUUAGACCCUUUUUGUAUUUGAUCUUCUGGAGAUAUAUCUUUUAUGUCAAAUAUUUUUAAAUAUUUUUAUAUUGGCUUUAUGUAUCAUUCUUUUAGUUUAGAAAAAAAAAGUAAUUUUCCAUAAAUUACUCAUAAUUUAAAAUAUUUUGUUAUUCUAUAUUCUACACUCAUUUCAUAGACAAAUAUAGAUGUCUUUAGCAUUUUAAAUGACUAUAGUAUUCUACUCAUUGUUCCAAGAUUUUACAAAAGUAAGUUAUUUAUUUCUAGAUCUAUAUCUGAGUUUUAAAGUUGAAUUUGUACUUUUUCUCUAGAUAUUUUAAAAACUUUACCUUACAUGUGACAAUUUUAAGCUGGUUGCUACAGUCAAGUAUUUUGUCUUAACUUCAUUAACUGCUGAUAUGCUGGGUGAAGUGUAGUGUUCAGGUUCUAGUUGCCACUAAUAAACUGUGCUUGAUAUUUGUGUUGUACUCAUUACAAGUUUGUGCCAAUGCACUAGCCAUACUAACUUUCAAAAUAAGUUUUCAACUUUGACUAAAAACUCACAGGGUUAGUUGUAGCCAGUGAUCUUGAUCUUGUUUUUAAGAUGUUCAAAAAACAUUGGAAUAUUAAUCUCUUCAUGGAUUGGAAUGAAGCUUAAUUGAUCAUAAGUAGAUACAGGGCAGUAAUAAAUCUUUUUUUGUUUUUAAUUUUAUCUUGUUAUUAAACUUCAUGGGGGUAAUAACCUUGUCUUUAAACAUAAAAUGAUAAACAAACUAGAAGAUGAGUUAAGUCUCAGGUUUGUGCCUGAAAAAAUCAGGCAGGAAUAGAAAAGAAAAUUGUACAUAGACUCAGUAUAAUUUCAUGGUCUAAAAUUAUUUUAUAAAAUUAUAUAUUGAUUUUUUUUUUCUCUUCAUGGAGUGUAUUGAAACAAGACAUUCAUGCUUAUCUUUAUUGUGCUUGUAUAGUUUUCUUGUUCAUAAAUGAACCUGUAUCUUAACUGUAUUUAAAACUAGUCAUGUAUUUUUUGCUCUAGAACUGCUUAAUUUCUACAUUCCUCCAUUUUAUAAAAACAAGUUUCUGAAAAUGUUGAAAUCUUGGACUAUUUUUGUUUAAUGAAUCAAACAAUUGGUUUUUUAAAGUAUGUACUUAAAAAAUUUGUGUAGUUGUUGUUAUAUUUAUGU